AUGGUUGAACACGACAUGAUGUCUGGCCCGCCGAGCGCCGAGGGCGAGAACCUCAACCGGCGGAAAAGGGUUCGCAAAGGUACUCGUAGUUGCUGGGAAUGCAAGAGAAGAAAGGUCCGCUGUCAGUUGAGCUCUGAAGAUGUCCCUGUAUGCUCGGGAUGCUUGUCGCGGGGAACGACUUGUCUCAGUCAGGAAUAUCCGGAGGAGCGCGAACCUUCCAACCAUGGAAAUCAAGUUGGAGAGAGACUUGGACGCAUGGAAGCUCUUCUAGAGACUCUGCUGGCAAAAGUGUCCGCCUAUGAAGAGGAGGAAGAGGCUCAGAAGAUGAUGACCCCAGAGUCUAUUGGCAACGAUGUCCUCAGUCCCUUUGCAACCUCUGGAUCCGAUGCCACGAGUAGUACACCUCUCAUUACCAUAUUCGACAGCCCAAUACUAGGUCGACGGGACAACUCAGUAUCCCAUACUCCGGCGUCCCAAUCGACGAAGUCCUCAUCGUGCAGGCCCCCUAAGGACGAGAGAAUUCGCCAAAUUCUUCUUGAUCUACUACCGCCGCAGCAUGAGACAAAUUCAAUUGUACGCUCGAGUUCUUCUUGGUUUCUAGUCCAUGCCCUUGAGAAUCGAGCAACUUCCAAAUGCGACUCUGUCAGCUCGGCGACGUCGAAACUAUCCGAGCUGUCUAGGGCACAUCCAACAAAGAUUGCCCGUACUUUAAUGUUCAUUGCUGUCUGUCUCCAGCAGCUUGAUCCCGAGUUUGACAAGUCAAAGUUGCAUCUCUUUCCAACUGUUGAGGCGAGGAUGGAGAAAAUGAUCAUCACUGUUCAAGGACUUAUAACAUCCGAUGAUGAGCUUGUUAGUACUGUCAACGGCUUGGAAACUUUGGUGCUUUUGGGCGCUUUUCAUAUCAAUGCAGGUAAUCCACGACGGGCUUGGAUGACUUUCCGAAGAGCAAUGAACAUCGGCCAGCUAAUGGGAAUACAUAAACCAGAGACAAGUAUCGAAGGAGGGUGGGAUAUGUGGCUACAGAUGACACAAGGUGAUCGUUACCUGUCACUCCUCCUUGGUCUUCCUGCAGGCGCCAACGAUCCAAUCUACAAGCCUGAUGAGACAUUUGAUAACCCUGCUACCGACAAAGAUUGCCUCUUCACCAGAAAGAUGUGCGAUCUGUCGUCGCGCAUUAUUGAGAGAAACGAAGCAUCCGGUACCCACGCAUAUGCAACUACGCAAGAAAUCGAUGAGGGUCUUGAUCGUCUAGCCAAAGAGAUGCCCGCAAGCUGGUGGGCGAUUCCAGAUAUUGUUGAAAAUGACAGGAGUCAUGGAGCCGCCCUCACUUUCGACAGACUUAUGGCCCAAGUCUGGUUCUUCCAACUUGAGGCACUCUUACAUUUGCCAUUCAUGCUGAAGUCAGAGCGCCGCUUUGAAUACAGUAAAUUCAGCUGUUUGAAGGCUUCGAGAGAGGUGCUGUGGAGGUAUCUGGCGCUCCGGAGUGCCGAAAAUAAGUCGUUCUGCUGCAAGAUCAUCGAUUUCGGUGCACUUACUGCUUCGGUAACACUUUUCCUUGGCCUUUUGGAACCAGUGACCGGGAUCGAAUCACCAGAACGGAAAAGCGACAGGAAUCUGAUCCAAACGGUUCUCGAAUCCAUGGAGGAGCUCUCUCAGGGCGGCAAAGACGUUGUUGCAACGCAGAGCGUGAAUGUGAUCAAGUCUCUCUUGGCAAUCGACGACGCUUCAGGUCGUAACACUGGAAAUCUCAAGCUCACAAUCCCAUACUUUGGUACGAUAAGCAUCAUCCGCCCCCACAAAAUAUCACAAGGCAGUCUCUCCGCUCCGCAAUAUAUUCCGCAGCAACAGCCUCCAAAUGAAGAAGGUCAAAUCAACCCACAACAUCAAUUACAAACGCUUACAAUAAACCAAAAUUCGGCUCAACAGAACUGGGCCACUCAAAAUUUCGUCCCUAUGACUUCCAGUCAGCAAAAUCCUAUGAACCUGCCGCACGUUUCUUUCACCAGCAGUCAAUUCCCUGAAGUUGGCCCCGAGCAGCAGAUUGAGGAUUGGGGAUUACCUGUGGAGAUGGACACGCUUUUCUUUGACAGCCUACUGAAUACUGAUAUCGAAGGAAAUUGGAUCUUUUGA